CGAUGGAAAGACAGUCGGAGCACAAUCUUCCACUUGCUGCUGUGGCUUGUCGAUCAAUGCGAUUUUAGUUCUUUCUCUCUCCUUCGCAUCUGCAUAUUUCAUUCUUAAUGCUGUUGUUGGAGAUUCAUGAGGGUCUGGUUGAGUAGGCAUUCUGGUUGAGCUGUCUUCUGGAGAGAUUUUGUGCCCAACAUUCGUUCUUUGAUUCUCAAAUCUGUUUCCUCCGCGUUCCCAAAUUAUAGCUUUUGUUGGUAACAGGAUCAAUCUUUCCAGUUUGCAACCAUGUCGGCAUUUAUGCAUGCGGAGUCAAGGAGAUCAUAUUCAUGGUGGUGGGACAGACACAGCAGUCCUAAGAAUUCAAAAUGGCUUCAGGAGAACCUUACAGGUCUUCUAGAAAUACCUCUAGAUAUUCUCUUACUACAAAUAUGGACUUAAAAGUAAAAGCAAUGAUCAAACUCAUAGAGGAAGAUGCCGACUCCUUCGCAAGGAGAGCCGAGAUGUACUACAAGAAACGACCUGAGCUUAUGAAGUUUGUAGAGGAUUUCUACCGGGCGUACCGUGCCUUGGCUGAAAGAUAUGAUCAUGCAACAGGGGCACUCCGCCAUGCUCAUCGGACAAUUGCUGAAGCUUUCCCGAAUCACAUCCCACUUGCAUUGCCUGAUGAAUCUCCCACCACUUCACCGGGCACUGAGAUUGGGCCAUGCACUCCAGAAAUUCCUUCACCUUUGAGUUCACUAUUUGAUCCUGAUGAUCUGCAGAAGGAUACUUUGGCUGGUCCAGGACAUUUUCAUGCUAUUAACAGGAAUGCAGCAUAUCCUGAAGAAAAUGAAUCAUUUUCAACAAAAAAAGGACUGAAGCAGUUGAAUGAGAUCUUUGCUCCACGGGAAAUAGCAUCCCGUGUGAAGUUACAUGAAGGGAAGGUAAGGAAAGGCCUUAAUUUCCAAGAGGAAGUGGAAAGUGUUUCCCAGUCUGAAGUUCAUGAGUCUGAAGCCCUUUCGGAGCAAGAAGUCAAGGAGAAAGAAAAUGUUACAAAUGAAAUAAAAUGUCUUCAAGAAGAAGUUUCCCAGCUGUUGAUUGAGAACCAAAAACUUAAAACCCAGAUAGAGUUAGAAUCACUGAAUUUAGAUUCAUCUAGACGUGAAGUUCAAAACUUGAGAGAUGCAAUUAUCAAAUUACAGUCUGAGAAGGAAGCUGCUUUUUUGCGGGAUCAGCUAUCAAAUGAAAGAACAUCUAGCAUGGAAACUGAAAUAUGUAAUGCAAAAUAUGAAUUUGGGAAGCUCCAUGAGGAAAUCAUGAUGGGAAUUAUAAAGUUUUGUUUUGCAGAAGAGCAAUGUUUUUCAUUAAAUAAGGCAAAUCAGAGUCUAAAGUUAGAACUUGAACAAAGUAAAAAAGUUUUAGAUGAAAUCAGAGCACUAUCAGUGGAGAAUCAGGAUCUUUUGGAGCAAGCAGUUAAGGAGAAAGAUAAUGCUAAAAUUGAAACAAAACGUUUUCAUGAACAGCUUUCGCUAGUAUCAAAUGAGAACGAGAGUCUUAAGAUCCAGGUACUGUCUGAAACCAAGCAUUUGCAAUUAUCCAGAGCUGAAAUUCAAAGCAUGAGAGAUACUAUGUCAAAAUUAGAGUCUGAUAAGGAGACUACUGUACUGAUGAAACAGCUAUCCCAGAAAAGGAUAUGUAGUUUGGAGGCAGAAAUUUUUCAAGCAAAAGAUGAAAUUGGGAAGCUUCAUGCGGAAAUUGUGAUGGGAGUUAUUAAGCUGUGUACUGCUGAAGAGCAAUUUCUUGCAUUGGCGAAGGAAGAUCAGGUACUAAAGUUGGAACUUGAUGAUAGGAAAAGAGUGCUGGAAGAAAUCCAAAAGUUAUCAGUUGAGAGCCAAAAUCUUUUGGAGCAAGAGGUUAAGGAGAAAGAGAACAUUAAAAAUAAAAUAGAAUGUCUUCAAGGAGAAGUUUCACAGCUAUUAAUUGAGAACCAAAAUAUGAAGAGUCAGAUAGUAUCAAAGGCCAAGCAUUUGGAUGCUUACAGAACUGAGGUUCAAAAUUUGACAAAUGCAGUGUCCAUUUUAGAGCGUGAGAAGGAAAAUGCAGUUUUCAAGAACCGGCUUUUCCUGGAGAGUAUAACUAGCUUGGAGAGUGAAGUCCUUAGAGCAAAAGAGGAAAUCAGGAAACUCCAUGAGGAAGUUUUGAUGGGCAUUGUUAAGUUGUGUAGUGCAGAGGAGCAACAUUUUACAUUUGAAAAUGCAAGUCAGAAUCUAAAAUCAGAAAUUGAAGAAAGAAAAACAAUGUUUGAAGACCUCAGAAUUUCCUUACAAGAGAGUGACAAGCAGCGCGUGGAGGCUGAAAGAUCUCUUCAAUCCUGGGAGAGACUAUAUAACAUGUCACAGGAGAAGGUUGAGCAUAUGACGCUGGAAAUCCAAACUCAUUUUGAGAAGCUGAAGGACAUUGAACGCAGUAAAAUGGGCUUAGAGGAAGAAUUGCGUCAAUUUGUAGAUGUAAACUAUAACCUUAAUGAACACAUUCUUGCGUAUGAUUCAAAGCUGAAAAUUCUUCAAGAUGAGAUAGUUUCUUUGAAAGAAAUUAAUGGUAAACUUGAAGAUGAGAUCAACAUCUAUUUAGAGGACAGUAAACUUCGUCAGCAAGAACUCGACUCUGUUAAAGAUUAUAGAGAUGAGUUGGAACUAAAACAUAAAGGCCUAAUUGAGCAAAUGGAAGUAGCCAGUCUAAAUAUGGAAUCCCUUGAAAUAUUGAUCAAGGAGCUGCAAUAUGGUUGUGCUGAACUGAACGAAGGUUGCAGGAAGCUUGAGGAUGAAAAACUUAUGCUUUUCAAUAAAUUGCAGGAUAUGGAGAUAAUUUCAGAGAGGAAUGCAGUUUUGGAAAGCACCUUAUCCGAUGCAAUGGAGAAGAUUAGAGUUCUAGAAGAAUCUUGUGAGUCUCUCAAUACUAAAGAUUCCACCCAUAUUGGUGAAAAAGCUGCCCUAUUCUCUCAGAUAACGGUUAUCUCUGAGAAUAUGGAGAAGCUUUCAGUGAAGAAUAACCUCUUGGAGAACUCUCUAACUGAUGCAAACACCGAACUUGAAGUUUUACGAUUAAAAUUAAAAGAGCUUGUAGAAUCCAUCCAGUUUCUCUCUGAUCAGAAUUCAAGUCUUCUUCUCCAAAAGAAUGCCCUAAUCUCUGAGGUAGAAAGUAUUCAUAAUAGUAUGACAAAUUUAGAGACCAAAUAUGCCAUGCUGAAAGUUGAUCACUUAACUUUGGAGAAGGAGAAAGAAGUUUCAGUUACCAAAAUCAUGGAGCUCAAAGAUAUUUUGAAAAUAAAAGAGGAGGAGCAUGAAUUUCUUUUUCAAUCAAGCAAUAUUUGCUUGCUCUUCCUAGAAAACCAGAUCCAUCUCCUGAAAGAAGAUGGAAGAUUCAAGGAGGAAGAGCUAAAGCUGGUUCAACAGGAAUUUAUGAGUUAUAUAGUUGAGGUUCUCGUCUUGCAGCAAUGCCUUUGUGACAUGAAACAUUCCUUCAGAACAGAAAAGCAGAAGCAUGAAUCUCUUAUCCAGUCAAGUGAGAUUCAGCUUGUAGAUUUAGACAGUCAAAUCAAUCUUAUGCAAGAAAAAGCACAGACCAGAGAUGUGGAAUUUGAGGAACAACAGCAGAAGUACAUGAAUUCCAUUCUUGAAAUUUUCAUCUUGCAGAGGUGCCUAUCUGAAAUGAAAGAGAAAAAUUUCGUUCUUUCGCAUGAGUGUCAGUGGCAUACUGAGGCUUCUAGAUGUGCAGGUGAAUUAGUCUCACAGCUUGAAUGCAGUAAACUUCUCCUCAAGGAAGAAAAUGAUCUACUAGUGGGUCAUAAUGCAAGGCUGAUGGAUGGGAUUAAUCUUUUACUGGAAUCACUUGAUAUCAACAAGAAGCUAUUGAAUACAGAUGGAAAUGAAGAUGUUUUUCUGGAAACCGUUCUGGGAGAAAUAAAUAAUAUGCUUGCUUGCAUUUCAUAUUCCAAUGAUGAAAAUCAACUUCUUCAUAUGGAACUAUCAGUUUACCACACCUUUCUAAAACAAAAUACUCUGGAAAAAGUUAAUCUUGGUCAGGAACUUGGAAGAAUGGAAGGUCAACUACUUGUUUUUCAGAGGGACCAAGAUCUACUCUUUGAGAGAUGUGAAAAACUAGGGCAAGACGUGAAAGAAAAAGAGCGAACUAAUGAAUCAUUAAAGGCUGAGCUGGAGUCUCUUUGUAGUUUGUUAUCAGAUUUGUCAGAUGACUUCUCUAAUUUGAGAGGGGAAAAGGGUGCUUUGGAAGAGGAAAAUAGCAUUUUACUUGAAGAGGCAGUGGCAUUGGAGCACCUCUACUUGUUCUUUAGUAGUUCAAAUGCACAAAACCUGCAGUCUUUAAAGCAACUUGAAGAUGCAAUUGGUUCUCUUGUUGCAGUCAAGAAUGACCAUGAGAGGGAGAUCAGAGAAAGAGGAGAGAAUUUGAAGGUUGCAGAAAAUGAAAACAAGCGGAUUAAGGAGGACUUACUUAUCAUGGCGGAAGAGUUAAGAAGUCGGACAACAAUGUUAGAAUUUGAUCUAUUCACAACCAGACAUUUCUUUGAAGAACUGAGUCUUCAAUUUGAAAAUGGGGAGAAUCUGUUAAAGAAGAAAAACAUGGAGCUCUUGAAAGCAUACCAGAAACUUCAGUGCACACAAGAAGAGGUUACCAAACUAUGUACAAAACUCGACACUGCAAAUAAAAAGGUGGAUGAGGCCAAAAUGUUGAAAUUGCAAUUUGAGGAAAAAGUUGCUGGCCUGUUGGAAGGUCAUGCCUGUAAAGAUGUGGAGAUUAUUACUACUCAUGAAGAAAAUAGAAUGCUUCAUGAGGAGUUAAAUAGAUUGAAUGGUAAAAUUGAAAUGCACUGGAAGAGGGAACAAUUUAUGUCUUCUGAGCUGCAGAAGAAAAAAUGUGAACUUGACAGAUGUGAGGGAGAAAUUACAAAUUUACUGAUUAAUAUCCAUGUUUCUGCAAUCAAUGGUGCAGUUUUUGAAGACAAGAUGUUUGAGUGGGCCUUUGCAUAUGAUGGACUUGAGAUUUGUGCUUUGGUACAAAGAGAGAUGCUCAUCGAGGAGAUUUCACUGAGGAAUGCACAUACAUUCAAGUUGCAGAAGAAGCUUGAUGAUCUUGAGAAAGAGAAUAUAGAGCUUAAAGCCAUUUGGAAUUCAUGUUUGCCACUAUUUAUUUUUCUGGAGGAUGGUAUUGCUAUAGUGGAGAAUCAAGCUCAACAACUAGCUUACCUUUGCGACGAUCAGGAUAUUCCUUUAACUGAUCCUCAGGUGGAGAAGAGCAAUGAAACAAGGAUACGUGAUCUGGGCACCAUUGCAGGAGCCUUGGAACUGCAGAACUUAGUUUCUAAAAUUGAAGGACUGGAGAAGUUGCUGCUACACAUCAAUACUCAGCUAAAACAUGAAAUGCUUCUAUAUGCUUCUAACUUAGAGUCUGCUAGAAGAGAAAUUGAAGAGUUAAAACUGGUGGCUUCUGCUAAGCAGCUGAAGCAAGGUAAGGAAACCUCUGGGGGAAAGGAUGGGCAGCUGAUGAAAGAUAUUGAGCUUGAUCAAGUUUCAAAUUCCCUUGUGCUGAGCAGGAUCCAAAGCGCUGAAUCUGAGGACCAGAUGCUUAAAUUAUGGGAAACUGCUGAGAGAGACUACAGCAAUUCAGUUUCUAAUGGCCAUGGCAUAGAGGGAGUGCAGGAUUUCAGGUGUGAGGAGCAUUCAUCCGAAAUAGUUGCUGAGAAAGAGGUAGGUGUUGACAAACUUGAGAUGUCUACAGAGAUGAAGAAGUCCAGAGUAGAGUGGAACAGAAGCAUCAUCGAAAGGCUUUCGACGGGUGCCGAGAAGCUCUCAGCUCUCAAAACAACUGCACAUGAACUCAGGGCAAAGGUGGAGAGAUCCGGCAAACGAGAUCGCCGGAAAUGUUCAGAACAUACUGCCAUGCAAACUAAGCUGAAACAAGCCGAGGAAGGAAUCUUAUCUCUGGUUGAUACUGAGGACAAGCUGAGGAAGAAGCUGGAAGAGUCUUUCAAAUCAUCUAAUGGUGAAAAGACGGAGUGGUUAGACAAAAGGCAAGUUUGGGAGCAGGUGCUAAUAGUUAUGGAUCAGAUUGAGAAGUUAGAGCUAGAAAUGCAGGAGAUGCAUUAUUUGUUUGCCAAAUUUGAUGAAGAGGUUGAAAGCAAAAGGACCCAAGAGGGUGAUCGAACGCCUCAGGUGCUACUGAGGGACUAUAUCAAAGGAUGGAGAGUUGGACAAGGAAGGAAGAGAGGACGCAUUUGUGGGUGCAUCAGGCCAAAGACACAGGAAUGACAGGUACUUUUUACUUCCAUUUAGAGAUAUUUGGAGUAUUUGAAGCUCUAAAACUAUAUAGAGGAAUAUAAAUUUAAUGAAUCUGGAGUAUGAUCGGCUGUGUUAUAACAUGAGGAAUUGUAUAUUUUUGACAAACUAAUUUCUUGAUCAUAAUCUCUUCUCGAUCAUGUAGCAAUGAAAGUUUGAUGAGUUUGUA